AUGCUAAAAAGGUUGGCAAAAGGUGGCCACGCCCAAGUCUAAAGAGACGUCAAAAGGUGUGGCCGAUCAGGAAACCAAGGUGACAAGAUUGAAAAAUUAGCAUUAGAUAAAUUCGAAAACUACGUUACAAACUGAAACUUUUGCGGAACAUCUGUGAUAUUCAGGUUGAGGCUGAUUUUAAAAGAAAGUCUAUUAUUUUGAUUUAAAGCCAGGGGAUAUGAAAUUGAAAAAAAAACGGUUGUACCCUGAGCCUUUUUCAGAAGCUGAGAUAAAUCCCAUAAAUUGAAGAUAAUGAGAAAAGUCGAGUUCCUUGUAGGUGCAAGCAGACAGGUCGGAGGAAAGAGGCGAAUUUUACAACGGGAGCUGCGGGAAGCGGCUCGAGUGCCAUGCAAAUACAAGGCUUGAACGUCGUCGCUCACAAACAUCUGUACGAUGGCAAAGUCGCUUCCGGCGCCACGGAGUCGUUCAAAAACUCCCAGUUUCGAAUAUCCAUCGACUCUUUUGAAUGA